AUGCCGCAGGGUGGUUCGCCGUUGGCUUCUCGCUGCCCCAUCCUCCGGCCUCCUUCCUCAUCCCCCUCGCUCCACCCGCUUCCUCAUCCCCCUCUCAGGCUGGUGCUGCACUGGAAGGCCACCAAGGGGCGGACAAUCAAGAUGGCCGUGGUGGCAUCGGUAGCCAAGGCGGCGGGGUGGCUGGUGCUGCACUGGAAGGCCACCAAGGGGCGGACAAUCAAGAUGGCCGUGGUGGCAUCGGGGGCCAAGGCUGCUGGGUGGUUCGCCGUGGGCUUUUCGCCUAAUGGCGGCAUGUCGGGCAGCAACGCCAUCGCCACUGACUCCUCGGGCAGCCCGGUGACAAAAGAUCUCGUCGGGCAGUCAUCGGCGGACGAUGCGGCGUGGACCGUCGGAUCGGGCUCGAUCUCCACGUCUGGUGGCAAGGUCACUAUGAAGUUCACGAAGAACAAGGGCGAUGGGGCAUCGGUGAAGGUUAAGGCUGACAACGACAACAACAUUGUGUGGGCGUUUGGCGAUGGGGAUACUGUCUCAAUGCACAAUGGAGCACCAGCUCUAUUGUCUGAAAAGAUGGGAGAGAGGCUCAAGCACUGGAAAAGGUGCCCCAAAACCCUGAAAGACAGCAACACCUCUCCAUCCUCCUACUCUUCCUCUUACCCACCUUCUCCCUCCUCGCCGUCCUCCUCGCCGUCCUACGUGGCAGUCAUUAGUGAGGAUUUCCAUUGGUACACCCUCCCGUCUCCCUGCAUCAGCCAGGUGGUGCCACAUGUGUUGGCUCAGCUGAUGUACGGUGGUGGGACUGAUGGGGAUGUGGAAAGAGGUAACUCACCCCUUGCAUGCUGCAGGGACCAGUGCCAGACAACAGUGGCAGCAGCCCCAGGCGGAAUGCAUCCACAGAUGCGAAGGGGGGGCAGUCAUGCGGUGGGAUUUGGAAAGGGGGAUGGACGUGAGCCAGUCCCCAGCUUCCAGGUGCGAGGGGUGAACGAGCUGUGGAUCGCGGUGGCGCUCUCACACCCCUCCCUCCAGCGCCUCUCUCCCAUAGACAUUGCGAGGUGUUGCACUGCUCUGGUGUCUGAAGGCAUGCGCAUGCAUAUAGGCAACGGUAGUGGCAGUGCAGAGGGGAGCAAGAUGCAGAAUGCAGAGGGGAGCAAGGGGCACGUGUCACCCCUCCCUCCUGCGCCUCUCUCCACCGGCCAUUGCUGGCCCUCCCGGGAGGUGCAUGGGUGGGUUUACAAGGCCGAGGAGCGCCGUGAUUGGCUGAUGCAGCUCCAGCUAGCUGCCAACGUGGCAAUCCCUGCUGACCUGGACGCGCAGUUCGCUGGAGUGUUGGUGGCAUGGGCACAAGGUGUGACGUGGCGACCGCUCAUCGCUGACUGUGCAGGGCUGGACUAG